AUGGGCACCGUGCUGAGCUUCAGCCCGCGCGAGCGGCGGCCCGCGUACGGCGGCCAGGGCGGCGGCGGCGGUGACUUCACCCUCAACAACUUCAGCUACGAGCAGCUCAACAACGCGCGCAACAAGAGCGUCACGGCGUCCUCCAACAGCAUCGGCGGCGGCGGGGGCGCGGGCGACGGCAACCACCACAACAACAACAUCAACAACGAGAACGCGCGCAUCAUCUCGGAGAAGAACGCGCUGGAGAAAAACUUCAAGAAGCACUCGCUGUUCAUCAACGCGCUCAGCUGGAAGCGGUUCUCCACGGCCAACAACAACAAGAAGAAGCUCGACAACAAGAACAAGAACCUGACCGCGUUCCGGCAGCCUCUCGUCGACAACAUCCACCCGCUGGUCGUCGACAAGAACAAGAACAUCCAGAAGGCGGCGGCCAUCUCGUGCUACUACCCGCCCAAGUCGGCGUCCUCCGCCACGCCCAGCAGCACCGCGUCCCCCGUCGUCGACACCGCGACGACUCGCUCCAACAACUCCAACAACAACGCCACCCACCAGCUGUGCGAGAAGCUGGCUCCCAAGGCCGUGCUGCAGCUUGCCGCGCCCGCCCUCCCCGCCCCCGCCAACAACAACAACAACACCGCCCACCUCCACCACCACCACAACAACAACAGCCAACACCAGCCCCUGCCGCCGCCCAAGAAGACCGUCAUCCAGGCGUCCACGUCUGAGCUGCUCAAGUGCCUGGGCAUCUACCUGCACACCAAGUGCUACCGGCUCAAGGACUUCCAGGCGGGCGACGCCGUCAUGUGGCUGAGGACGGUGGACAGGAGCCUCCUGCUGCAGGGUUGGCAGGACGUGGCCUUCAUCAACCCGGCCAACGUGGUGUUUGUGUACAUGCUGGUGCGCGAGCUGGUGCAGCAGGACGAGCUGGCCUGCGAGCAGGAGCUGCAGGCCGUCGUGCUCACCUGCCUCUACCUGUCCUACGCCUACAUGGGCAACGAGAUCUCCUACCCGCUCAAGCCGUUCCUCGUGGACGACGACAAGGAGCGCUUCUGGGACCGCUGCCUGCGCAUCGCCAACCGCCUCAGCCGCGACAUGCUGCGCAUCAACGCCGAGCCGGGCUUCUUCACCGAGGUGUUCGCCGAGCUGAAGGCGUGCGGCGCGUCCGCCCCGGCCACGCCCACCGAGGCCCCCGCCACCCCCGAGGCCCCCGCCGCCACCACGGCCGCUUGA